AUGCAUCUGACCUCGCUAUUGACCACGAGUGCCCUGCUGGUAUCCUCGUCGCAGGCCCUCUACUUCUACCUUGACGGCACAACUCCAAAAUGCUUUUAUGAGGAGUUACCGAAAGACACUCUUGUGGUUGGCACGUACAAGGCAGAAGCCUUCAACCAGAACUCACAAUCCUACAUAACGACAAAUGACCUCGCAGUCCAAAUAACAGUCGACGAAACCUUCGACAACGACCAUCGAGUUGUGUCGCAAACCUCUACAUCCUCUGAUGUUCCCUCGAAAUUCACCUUCAGUGCGGCUGACAGUGGUCUACACAGGCUGUGUUUUACACCAUCUGGACCUGCCGCAGUAUCUCUACAGGGCUGGUUCAGCGGGCAAGAUGCGGCAAAGGGUGGUGUGAAGAUAUGGUUAGACAUGGCAAUUGGCGAGAGCAGUAAAAUUGAGAGCGACGACAAAAACAAGAUUGACAGUAUUGUGGGAAAGGUUAGGGAGUUGAAUAGUCGUUUGGCUGAUAUUCGACGAGAGCAGGUAUUUCAACGAGAGCGAGAGGCUGAGUUUCGCGAUCAGUCCGAAUCGGUCAAUUCAAGGAUCGUGAAAUGGACACUCAUUCAAUUAGUCGUCUUGGGGGGUACAUGUGCAUGGCAGCUGUCUCACCUGAGGUCGUUCUUUAUCAAACAGAAAUUGACAUAA